UGGCGACAUAACCACCUGUCACCGUUUUCUACUAGCUAGCUAGCCGAGCAAUAACAUUGCACUUUAAAAGUAGCAAAGGCGACAUAAUUAUAGCUUAUAAUACGUGUAAAAUGAGUAUUUCCAUCACCCACACGCUUCACAGGAAAAAUGAAGGCAGUAAGGGAUUCAGAGCGCAGAGGGAGUAUGAUUAUCUGUACGAUCCUGUUUUCACCGUGUCCGCGGAGAUGGACCACAUCCGGGCGAGCUGUAGGGCUCAGGGGUCUGUGGACCGCCUGAGGAAGGUUCCCGAGUUCAACUCCAUGUUCAGUAAUCUCCCUCACCACCCACGGUUCACACUCCGCCUGCAUGCUGCUGAUCCUGUUCCUGCUUUCAUCGACCGCCGCUGGAGAGGACAUGCUGAGCAGAGGAGAGAGACACUGCAGACACUAGCAGGCAGCUCGUAUGUGUGUUCUUGUGCCAGGGUGCUGCCGGGCGUUCAGCUGCACAAACCCAAACCUGAGGACGUCUCUGGAGCAGACCGCUGGAAGUUUUUUAAGCGUCCACUCAUCCCCUUUGCUCAACAGAUCCCACCUGAUGUUAUUUUUGCAUUACCCAAAGGUGACCCCUACAAUGCCCAGCAGGAAGGCUCUGAGUGGAUGGAAAGCUCUUUCCAGCGCACAGUGGGGGUUCAGACAGAUUACCGUGACAGCGAGGCUCAGACUGAUCCUUACAGCCCUGAAUACAUACUACGUCCAGGAGCAGCGAUUCCAGAAAUCCUCACUCUGGCCCCUUUCUCUUGGGGUCAUGGGCUUCCUGCUGGCCUGGACGAAGUGGAGAUGAUCGAAAGAGCAAGGAAGAAGAGGGCCUGGGAGGCCACGCUACCACCUCUGAAUGAUCUCACUCAGCUGGACAAGAGGAAGAGGAUGAUGGAUGAGAUGGAGAGGAAGGAGUGGGCUUUCAGGGAGCAGGAGAUUGAGAAGCUACAAGAAGCUCGUUUGGCACUUCUCAUGAAGUUCUUACAGGAGAGAGAGUCACAAAAGGACAAAGUCACAGUGCAGCAGCUGGAUGAGCGUUUUUCCCAGCGGCAGAGAGAGAAAGAAGAACGACUCCGGAAAAUACGCAAUAACUACGUACUCUCUUUGCGGAAACUCAUGGCAAAGAGAAAGACAGUGGAAGGGACGUUGAUGAGACGGGACAUUAUCAACGAGCACUUUGAUUACGGCUCUCAGACCUACGCUCCUCUCUCCCGCCACGGAGUCUUCCCUGAUCGGCACUCACAAUGUGACAUCGUCAAGAGCCACUUCCUCGAAAGCUACCAAGGUCUGUUGGAGCUGGAGGCAGGUCUUCCACCUUCAGUCCUGGAGCCACAAAUAAAAGCCCCAAAGCCGAAGAAGAACAAAGGCUUCAUCAGUCGCUCAGAACGCAGGGAAAUUGAGUUAAUGAAGACUCACCAGGCGUUGAAAGACAAGAAGGUCCAGGUGGAGGAAAAGAAGCCCCUACGCUUCCUUUAUAGGGUGGAGAAACCAGUCCCUCGUCCCCCAACGCCUGUGGUGGAUGUGCCUCCAGAGGGAGACGAGGAAAAGGAGCUUGCUGUUAUUUUCCUACAGAAGCUGCUCAGAGGCAGAUCCAUCCAGAACCAGAUGCUGGAAGGCGCAGAGAAGCAACUGGAGCUGAUCCAGGAGCUGCGUACCACCCACAGCCUGCAGCGGGAGGAGCAAGAACUACAAAGAGCAGAUAAACAGGUCACACUGGCCCUGCAGAAACAGAGAGAGAUCCGUGAGAGCAGGAUGUCUCAAAUACAGAGCUAUGUAGAUGGCCUUUCAGGGGCGGUAACUGGUGACAUGCUGGACUUCCUGGCGAAGGAGCUGGUUCGUCUGCAGGAGGAAAGAAGGAUCCAUGCUUUCAUGCUACUGGCAGAAAGAGACCGUCGCCUUCGCGAGGCUGAAGAGAGUGGGCGGAGACAGGUGGAAGAGCGGAGACGGAGAGAGGAAGACGAGAUCUUUAGACAGGUGAUGAAGGUGCACCAGGCCACAGUGGAUCUAUACCUGGAGGACGUGAUCCUGGACAGUAUCAAUCAAACGGCCGAGGCUCAGGCCAGAGAAGAGAUCCACCACAUGGCAGAGGAGCUCAACAACGUCACCUAUGCCAUGGAGGAAAUGAGGAACAAUGUGCAGUCAGAGGAGAUUGUAGCUCAACUUGUCUACAGCUUCCUCAUUCCUGACGUACACAAGGUCAUUGCCCGUGACAGAGUGAGACAGAGUCAAAGGAGGCACUUGAACGCAGCACGUACCCUCAUUCAUGGCACUGACAGCUCCUCCGUAAGCCCUCGGCCCCUCUCUCCCCCGACCAGAGCCUCCACCUCACUGCUCUCUCAGAUAGUCGAGCAGGUGGUGGAGGCUUCACACAGCAGCGAUCACCAUCAGGAGAAUGAACACACUGAUUAGGGAAUAUUGGUGACUUGUGGAGAAACAUGAUAUAUAUAUAUAUAUAUAUAUAUAUAUAUAUAUAUACAUAUAUAUACAAACAUAUAUGCAAUAGAGAGUGAAUAUAAAACCAGAAUCAAUCACCAAAUAAAGCAGUUUAUAUAA